CUCCAUUUUGCGCCUCUCCUCGCAGCCGGAAGUGAAGGCGCUCGCGACGCGGAUUCGAGCGGGAACGCACCUGUAACCAUGACAACCGUGCUCCACGUGGUUCCCCCUAGCAACGGAUUGUUUUGGUCACCUGAGAGCAGCAGUAACGACAAGCCAGAGAAGCUGAAGAAUUUUCUAAAGAGCAAAACUACAGACAGUGCCGGCUUUGCUAGCUAUCUGACUAGCCAAUAGACUUGAUGGAAAAAGUCUGAAAUGGGAACAAGUGCCUCCGUUCCACAGUCUGAUCCAGCGUCGGAGAAAGGGCUGAAACGGCACACUUGUGUGCAGCAAACUCAGGACACAGACACUACGGCUCUUUUCGGAGCAUCUUUGCAGCACUUGAGAGAAGAAGGGCGUCUGCAGCAUGGAGUCCCUCUGGUACUCAAGAGCAUGGUGGAUUUUUUAGAGAAAUAUGGUCUUCAACAGACUGGCGUGUUCAGGGUGUGUGGCUCUGCAAAAUGCUGCAAGACAUUGCGUGAGUGUCUGGACCGUGGAGAGAGUGUGGAUCUGGAGAGAGCGGACGUGCCAACCGUUGCCACUCUGCUCAAGCUGUACCUCAGGGAAAUUCCAGGUGGACUCAUACCACACAUACACAGUAUGUGCAUGCAGCAAGCGCUAAAAGAUGCUAAAGAGGGAACGGAGCUGGUUGAGUCACUGAAGGAAAUCCUGCAUCGUCUCCCUGAUGACAAUUACAACCUUCUGUCAUACCUUCUUUACUUCCUGUCUCAAGUCGCCACCCACAGUCAGUGGAAUCACAUGACCUCAGAGAACUUGGCCAAAGUGUUCGGGCCUUGUAUUUUUCGUGUCCCCGAGAGCCCGAGGAUGCUGGAGGAGCAGACCAUGUGCAACACGCUCACACUGCAUCUACUGGAGAAACACACACAACUGAUUCCAAACACACAUGAUAGCUGCACAGGUUGCACACACGUAUGCAACAAUAACCAUACACACACCACACAGAGCACGGAAUCCAUGUUGUCUCCUACUCAUCUACAGCAGGAGCAAUCUUGUACCUCAGAAAAGGAGUGUGAUCACAGUGUAGGUGUGGCUAAUGAAACAAGUGCCCUCACACCAACCUCAGCAGAUCCACUUUCCUACAGGAGGACCCACUCCAAAGAGCAGCUACUCCAACAUCGAAACACACUCCGAAACCACCAUCGAGACGUAUUGCAAACUCAAGACACACACAUACAGGAAUCCACGCAGUCUAACACUUUCUGAGUUGUGAUACACAAACUGAUAGACGAAGCUCACACCCAGAGCCUGGGAGCUCACACACAUACGGUAGCAACAUACAAACCGAAGCCAAAUAUGAAUCUCCAAAUUCACACACACUACAAGGCUGGAGGAGGAGGCCAACUCAUCAACUAGUCAUUAUAUUACAGCUCCUCCUACUUUCUCAACAAGACUCCGCCUCCUGUGCAGUCACCAGCCAAUCCUGUGUCUUGUAGGAAUGACCUCUCUUUUAGUUUGUUCAAUUUGUGUGGUAACUGGGAUGCUGAGAUUUAGGUUUACUAGGAUCUUAGUUUCGCUCUGUGUGUGUGUGUGUGUGUGUGUGUGUGUGUGUGUGUGUGUGUGUGUGUGUGUGUGUUUUAGCAGAGAGGUUGAUGCAGAUUGUUCCAAUGAGACAUCGACCUCUCAGUUGUGUUGCUCGAGGGAGCAAUCAGAAGCUUGGAAGAAUCCUUCGAUCAUAUCCACAACUACAAGAAGUACACAUAGAGAGGACCAUCUCAUCAUGGCGGAGGAAUAUGACCGCUACUACGACGAGCUUUGAAGGACAGACUGAGGCUGCUGAAAGAGGUGCUGGGGAAUAAACACAACCUCUAAGUAGCCACAGACAGAAUUACCAACUGACACACACACACACACACACAUUCGAUCUCGUGUACCGUCUGUUGAGCCUCAUGGGUGGAAAUUAGUAGGCGUGUAGGGACAGGGUGUAUACGUGCCACUCGUAUGAGCAAUGGUGCAUUUAUUUUUGUUAACAGGAACUCAAAAAAGCAGCGGAUUUUUUAAUAUGGAAUUGAAAUGAUUACGUAAUUGUGGCCAACUAGAAAGUAAACGUCCACCUCAUGCACUUGCGUAUUAAAAAAGAGCAUUUUAUAUUCGGCUGCUGGGCUUCUAGUCUAGAUGCUGUCAUUUCACAGUGAGAGAAGAAGAGCGAGAGAAAUGAAAGGGGGAUACGAUGCUCUUCCCAGCUGACGGACGAUCAUUUGAAUUUGAUUAAAAGCUGCGUUUGAGUUCCUUUCUACGAGUGUCCUUGGUUUUACCUUCUGCUUCAAACGCUAUAAUCUUUGGGCGUUUUUAUGCUUGCUGUGGUGGACAUAUAAAUAAGAACGUGCUGUAAAAAAAAUGUUGGGACUUUUUUUUAGAUUUAUUUAUCGAAUGCUUUUUUUUUUUUGUUUUUUGUUUUUUUUACAUUAAAGUGAGGGUGUAAAGGAUUUAACACAGCAACGCUUUCCCAGUAGGAGUACAGUUGACAAUCUUGCCUGUUUCUUGUGGAGAAUUAUGGGUAAUAUUCUUUGCACUGGCCCAUCUUAUUAAAGCACUGUCAUUUUUUCAUUUAACAUUUUCUAAUUUUUUAUUGAACAGAAAACGUCUCUAGAGUUUGUUCUGCUUAGAAUCGAUUUUGUUGUACUUUUUGCGAGACGAUGCUUCAACAUAAGUUUCCGAUACGAUCUGACUAGUUUGCAUCGAUAUUUAUGUUCUAUUGUCAGGUUCCAAAACUUGAUGGAUCCAUUUUGUACAUUAAGUAAAGCGUGUUUUUUUCUCUUUCAUCUGAUGUCCUUUGACAUACAGGAGCACAGUUUCGAGGGUACGAGACCGCAAACGUAAAACUUCACUUGAACAUCCAGCACAACAUAACAUCUCUGACACAUACACAGACUCUAUUGUACAAAUACACAUGCUGCUGUUUUUUUAAAAAAAAAAAAAAAAGAAUUUUAAAAAAUACAUAAAUGUGAGGACUGGCAAGAGGACAAAUGCAAUGAUUACUGCUUAAAAAUGAACCAGUCUCUAAAAAAAGUCAUUAAAUAAUUCGAUGCUUGAAAUAGUAAACACGUCUUGGGAAAGAAAAAAGUGGGCUUGGAUGUUCGAAGACAUUUUCUUUUUUCGAGAUUCUCCCACACGAGGCAAAAUCAGUGUUUCAGAUCCAACAGGAGUUAAGCCCUGGAGUAACAGUCACUGCUGAUUGUUUUUUCCAUCUUCGUUCUGAAUUCUCAGCAGUGUUGAUGUGUAAAUAGGAAUGGGGAUCUUUCUUUGUUUUUUGGGGGUUUAAAGGAAUAUUCCAAUGUUUUUUAUUCUGAUCCAAUCCACUGCAUGUGUAGUGAACAGUAUGGGAGACUUGUUGAGACUUUUUAAAAUUCAUUGUAAAAGCUGUGAUGAAAGACUCAAAGCAGUGGCCCCCAACCUUGGCGGAUAAAUACAACAAAAUAAAAUGAUACGACCGGCAUAAAAACUGGUAUUUUCUAAAUAUAAUAAUAAACAUGAAUCCACUGUGUUGUUUUUGUUCAUUUUGCUCACUUGGGGGUUUAAA